AUGUGGAGAUCUGGAAAACAUGAAGCUGUGGGAGAAGAGAAACUGAUUGACAAUGAAAUCGACAAAUUCCUCAGGAGGCUAUCGUGCGCCGCGAUUGUAAUAGCCUCCCUCACACUCCUCUUCCUCUUCCUCCGCACGCCCGACACGUGCGUCCCCCACCACGCUCCUCGCAAACCACAGCUCCGCUUCCCCAAGUCCACCUGCGACUUCUCCACGCGCCUCCACGUCCCCGCCGAGAAGCGUAGCCUCCGCAUCCGCUCCACGCGCCUCUGGAAGACCAAGGUCCUCUCCUUCUCCCUCCUCUUCCGCGACCUCCGCCUCCUCCACAACCAUUCCCGCGUCCUCUGCAUCUCCGCCGGUGUCGGCCACGAGGUUGACGCUCUCCACCGCCUUGGCAUCGACGACGUCACCGGCGUCGAGAUCCUCGAGUCGCCGCCGCUAGUCGGCCGUGCCGAUCCGCACAACCUCCCGUUCUUCGACGGCGCAUUCGACCUCGCCUUCACCGCGCGCUUCGACGAGGCUCUGUUCCCAGCGCGCUUUGCCACAGAGAUGGAGCGCGUGGUCAGGUCUGGCGGCGCGUGCUGCGUCCUCCUGGCGGAGUGCGGGGAAAAUGAGGUAAGAGAGGUGGUUGGUUUGUUUAGGAAUUCGAAGUUUGUUAGGUCUAGUAAUGUUUCUUUGAGUGGAAUUAGAAUGACCAGUAUUCUUUUGAGAACUAUGGAUAAUUCUUCUUGA